UGAUGGCAGAAUCAGUUUAAGUGAGAGAGAGAAUGGAGGGUGUUGUGAAGUUUGCAUGUGUUGUUGGGUUUGUGGUGCUUGUGAGUAUUGCAAAGGUGGAUAGUGCUGGGGAAUGUGGGAAAUCUACUACCCCAGAUAAUGAGGCUAUUAAGCUUAUUCCAUGUGCUUCAGCAGCACAAGAUGAGAAUGCUAGUGUUUCUCAGAGUUGCUGUGCACAGGUGAAGAAAAUAGGGCAGAAUCCUAGCUGCCUCUGUGCAGUUCUGCUAUCAAACACAGCUAAAAUGGCUGGAGUCAACCCUCAGAUUGCUAUCACCAUCCCUAAGCGUUGCAACCUCGCUAAUCGCCCUGUUGGUUACAAGUGUGGACCUUACACACUGCCUUAAAAGAGUGAAGAUUGUUACGGAAAUGAAAGAUACAGUAUAUAUGGGUAUCAGCUGCUACAAACUGUGACUGGACUCCAUGUUUGUCGUAUUUGUAACUUCCAAGUGAAUAAGACCCAGCAGCUCAAUGCAUGAAUAAAAUAUUUACUAUGUGUUUCGUCA